AUGUCACGUACGCCAAGUCGCCAAUCUAGCCGGGAGUCAACCCGGCAAUCUGCUGAAGGUGACGCUAGUGAGAAACCUCCUAGCCGAUCCCAGAGCUUUGUUGAGAACGAGCAGUCUGGCGUUUGGUGGCUCUAUGGACAAGCGCGGCGUUUUUUCCGCUCGUACCGCAGCCGGAGGUUCGAGGAGGUAAAGAAGCCCGUCUCCAAUGCCGUUGCUCCCACGGUUGAGGCGCCGCAACCACGAUCGCUCCUGCGCACUGUGAGCGCCUUUUUUACGCGUGGCCAGGACAAUGAAAGUGGACCGUCAGCCAAAUGCGUUGCGCCGUCGGCCCCCCCAUUGGCCGAUAGGUGCUCUCCAUCUCGGGGCCGCCCGACUCGGCUGCGAUGGCGCCACCGCGCCUUUGCGAAGCGAGACGACGGGAGGCUGGAUGGCGGUUUGUCCGGAAGCGACAGCAGCAACGAGAGGGGCCGCCUGCCUGCCGGUCCUCGGGAGACCAUGAGCGACCAUGAGUACACGAUCCGUCGUUCCGCGUCUUCUGCUUCUUUAUCGUCUACUCCCAUGACGGCGCCCGACAUUUUGGACGCCGAUCCGUUUUGGAGGGAUCACCACAACCGAGUUGUGGGAAGUUCGCCGUCUCGUUCUCGAAGGUCGUCUCUGGACGACACGCGCAGCGAACGCAAUAGUGACCGCCGGCCGAUGAACUCACUGAUCCAGCGAUUCACAGCGUUCCGUCGUGGUGACAGCGAAGGGCAAUCUGAUGAAAGUUCGAACUCCCCCUUCGCCAAAGCAGCCGGCGGGCGCGACCGCGGCGGCCCGAAUACCGGGCGUGCGACGCACUACAGCCCCACCCGUGACUGGCUCCACAAUGAGGACGACGCUGGUGGUUCUGACAGCAAUUCAAGCGUCCGAGAGGGGCGCUUCUUCAACUUUCGCAACAAGAUCUCUUCGUUACGCCGAAUUUUACCGCCAUCGAAGAAUGCGCCAGCCAACGCCGAUGGGACGGUAAAGGGUGUCCGGAGGUUCCGCCUGCUGUCUUGCCGUCGUUCGUCUCAUUCCGAACGCGAGGACGAGCGGUAUAGCUCGGGAACGGACUAUGACCGAUCGCCGCGUCUCUAUCGCUCGUCGUUCCAUGGGGACCACCCUGGCUCGGGGUCGUACUGGCGGCUCGAUUCUGCAAGCUCGCGGGACGAAUCCGGCGCUCACAAGAGUACCGACUCCAACGCGAAUUCGCCAUUGGAGCGGGUGGUAGUGCUGACGUCAAACCCCCAGCCGGAGUUCGACUUGGUCCCCAUCUGUCUGACCAAGUGGACUGCUGAGGCCGUGCUGAAUUUGGAGGAUACGUUUAGUUCGAUACCGUUGCUGAGGGAGACCCCGCUGGCGAACCGCGGCGACGUUUUCCAGCGAAAGCUGAUUGCGUGCCAGACUGUGAUAGACUUCAACUCCAAGAAGGUGCUGCAGCGCGCCAUAGAGCUGAAGCGCCAGACGCUGCUGGAGAUCAUCGAGUACAUCAGCACCACCCGCAACUGCAUGAACGAGAGCGUGCUGCGGGACGUGAUCGACAUGGUGGCCGCGAACGUGUUCCGCAGCCUUCCUCCGCGGACCAAGAAGUCGCCGUUCAGCAACGAGAUCGACGAGGAGGAGCCCACGCUGGAAAUAUCGUGGCCGCACCUGCAGAUUGUGUACGACAUGUUUUUGCGUGUGAUUGUGAGCAACGAGGUGAGUUCUAAGAUGGCCAAGAAUAUGAUCGACAAGCCUUUCGUGCUUAAGCUGUUAAGCGUUUUGAACUCCGAGGACCAGCGCGAGCGCGAUUAUUUGAAGACGAUUCUGCACCGCAUCUACGGCAAGAUCAUGCCCCUGCGCACCUUCAUCCGGAAAUCGAUCGACAACCUUUUCACGCACUUCAUCUACGAGACCGAGAACCCAUACGGCAUCACGGAGCUGCUGGAGAUUUUGGGCAGCAUCAUCAACGGCUUCGCCGUGCCCCUGAAGGAGGAGCACAAGAUCUACCUGGAGAAGUCGCUGACCCCGUUGCACAAGCCGAGCUCUGUGCGCAGCUACCACGCUGCCCUGUCGUACUGCAUGAUCCAGUACGUCAACAAGGACCGCAGCCUGGCCUCUGUGGUUUUGCGCGCGAUCCUCAAGUUCUGGCCCACGACGAGUGCGCAGGCCGAGGUGCUGUUUCUGAACGAGAUGGAGGAGGUGCUGAACCUGACGGAGUCGACCGAGCUCUCGUGCGUGGUGCGCCCAGUGUCUGUCCGGCUGGCGCAGUGCGUGUCGUCGUCCCACUUCCAGGUCGCCGAGCGCGCGCUGUACGUGUGGAACAACGACCGCGUCUCGCGCCUCCUGAGCAUGCACAAGCGGGAGGUGUACCCCUACAUCGCGCCCGCGCUCAAGCAGAACAUCGAAAGCCACUGGAACGACGCUGUGCGCGCUUUGACGCUAAACGUGGCGGCACGUCUGUCGGACUACGACCCCGAGCUGUACUUGCAGUGUACGCAAUUGAUGCACGGAUCUAGAUCGGGCAGCACGGCUUCCCUGACCCCGUUAGGCAGCUUUUGCACUUCCGUCGUGAGUUCGAGCGACAGCCCGAGUCCGCCGGAGCAGCGUACGUCGUCGCACGACACGGAAGAGCAGUAG